AUGGCGGGCCAGUCGAUACCGACCAAAUUUCCCUGCUGGUGCAAGGCUGUCUAUUCUUGGGGUGGAGAGACCAAGAAAGACCUGGGCUUCAUCGAAGGAGAUUUGAUCGAGUGUCUCAAUGCAGGAGAUGGGUCGUGGUGGAUGGGUCGUCUGCGGCGCGACCGGCGCAUGGUUGGCCUGUUUCCCUCCAACUUUGUCCAGGUGCUCGACGAGAAGUUCCAACCAGCUCCCAUCCGCCGCAAUGUCUCGCCGCCCACGACCGUCGCUGCGCCGCAAAAGUCAAAGAGCGUCUUUCGGAAACCAUUCCAAGGGUACAAAGAGUUUGGAUAUCGCGACGACGGGUGCAAUUCGCGUGGCAGCACACCAGAAGACAGAGCAGUCAAGAAGAAGUUCAGCCCAUACUCGAGCAUGAAGACGGCAAAGGCUCCUGGCUCAGACAAGAAACCCCAUUCCUCACCACUAAAGGAAGAGUCGACAUUUCGCCUUCCUUCUCCGCUGCCGCGCGCCUCUGCUAGCAGACCCCCGUCGCCAGGAGACAUGUACAGAGCUUCCUCUCCAGCGCCCACCACCUUGUAUCGAUCAGUCUCGCCUGCACCUUCGGCUUUCUACGGCCCUACUUCGCCAGCUCCAUCUGCCAUGUACAGGACAUCUUCACCUGCGCCCUCGACCAUGUACAGAGCGCCAUCACCCGCUCCUUCAGCCAUGUAUCGUCCCGCUUCGCCAAACCCUCAAGACAUGUAUCGCUCCACUUCUCCCAAUCCCUCGACCAUGUACAGUGGACAGGCCUCGCCCAACUCGGCUAUGUAUAGCGGACAUGCCUCACCCAGUGCUGCCAUGUAUCGUGCUGCUUCUCCCAACACCAACGCCGAUCUGUACAGUCGAGCUGCCUCACCGAAUCCUUACCGAGCCAUGUCACCCGCUCCCUUUCAUCAAAGCAAUUCGCCUUUUCGCGCUGCAUCUCCUGCUCCUUCUCAAUUCCAUCAUUCACCAUCUCCAUCUCCUACCCCUACUCCCAUGGCUGCGCCAGGCCAAUAUCAAGCAUACAGACCCCCACAAGACUAUGAUUAUUUCAGAACAGCCUCACCCGCCCCACCACCAAUGCAUCAAAUCUCAAGACAGCCUUCGCCAAUCCCACAAGACGAUGCAUCCUCUCCUCCGCCCCCAGCACCGCCGCCUCAUCGUAUUCUUCAUCAACAGGGCAGGCCUGUUUCNCCGCGCCCUUCCCACGAGGCUGAUCUAAAUAAUGGCUACACCACACCUGGAGGCCACUCCAGAGAUGGCCAGUCUUCUGGAAUGACUCCUUCNCCGCUACGCGAUGCUAUGGCCGAUGUGAUGUCUUCUCUGCAUGACAUGAGCAGUGUUGCUGGAAGAUCAUCGCCUGCUCCUGGUCCCGAAAGUCCCAAUGGAAUCUGGUCACCAGACGCAUUCGAUCUCAUACGUUCCCGAUCUGCCCACCAAGCGAGGGCAAAAUCUGCCAUGGACAUGUACCGACGGGAAACAAGUCCCAACAGACUGGCAAACGUACAAGAAGACCACGGUUCUAUUCCUUCUUUGCCGCCUUCAAGAGAUGGUCCGCCUGCGUUGGAUGAAUACGUCUCACGUAUGGAAAGUCGCUUGAGACGAACAAAAUCCACUGGAGCCGAUCUUCCGACUGUUGGGGGUGCUGCUCAAAGUGACAGUAGGCCUACGACAUCCAGUAGCCUGAGCAGUUCAGGUAGUGUUCGUUUUAGCACUCAGGUUCCUAGAAGUCUCAGCCCGCGAAAAUCUGUCUACGACCUUGCAAGCAGACAGCAACUUCGCAGAACGCAAACAAGCAAGACCAAUGCAACCAGCUCCUCUUCGGGUACCAACAGUACUUCCACGGCCAGCACUACGAGCACUCAAAUCACUAGUACUAGCAUCAUGAGCGGUCACUCUGCAGGUGCCUUUAGCGCCACUAGUGCUGGUAGCUUUGCCAGGCGCAAGUGGGGUUUGACUGGAAGUGUAAAAGGAAGAAGACCGUUGAGCGCAUUGAGCUCGAGAUCGUACGGCGACCUCCAGGGAGAGUGUAGCAAGGAGGAACGCCCCAAAACAGCCAUGCAAUCCCGGCCUCAAUCUCCAGAAACUGGAAUCAGUUUCCAUUCGAGUCACGCCACGCAGCCCGCACCAACUCCUGUCGCCGAUUGGACUACUAAUCCAUUCGAGACUGCCGGAGUGCUCGGNGGUCUUUCAGCUCCCAAGGCCAGGAAGAGCGGUUUCUUCAGAAAGAUGAUUGACACAGCAAAGACAACGGCAAAGACUGGAGCAGCCAAUGCAAGAAGCACAAUUGCAUCUGGCAGACCUCCAAGCCGAGCAGCUUCACCCAGAAAGAGCAUCAUACCUGAUGGCGUCACCUCUAUCUCUGGUGGCAUGCCUUCUUCGCCACCCGCACUUACAUCGACAGCACAUCGUGAUAUGGGUCUUGGAGGUGGCGAUGGAUGGAUGCAGGUCAGGCGUGAUGUCAAUCGUUCCAACUCACUGAGCAGAAACGAACGAGUCGAACGCAUUGAACGUUGUGAAAUGAUGGACAUUCUCGUUCUCAAUCCAGUUGAGGAGCUACUGGAGCGGACCGAGGGUGACGAAGGUCUUGACGGACUAGCCAUUACUGAACCAACAGACUUUGCGGCCCCAAGUCUUGGUUUGGUGGACAAAGGUACGAGAUUCAUCUCUGCCCUUCCUCAGAUGAUCACUCCGACAUCAUUGGCGCAGAGCUAUCUUUGCAGGCCCUAUCGUAGCGAUGUUCAACGUCUUCGUGCCAUCUUCACAUGGGUCGCCGAACGCAUCACUUGGGAAGAAGAUUUCGAAGGUCAGAUCGAUACCAGACGCGUCUUGCAGACCAAGCGUGGCUGUGGAGAAGAGAUUGCCGUGCUUGUCCGCGACCUCUGCUCUGCAGUAGGACUCCAUGCCGAAGUCAUUCGUGGCUAUCUCAAAGGACCCGGAGAACGUCUUGAUUUGGAAACCAUCGCAAGACCAAACCACUUCUGGAAUGCCGUCAUCAUUGAUGGUGAAUGGCGCAUCAUGGACUGCUCCCUGGCCAACCCUACAAACCCCAAGAGAAGCAUGUACAGCUCAGCAAAUAACACGGUUGCAGAUCAUUGGUUCUUCCUCACACGGCCCAUGGAGAUCUGUUAUACUCACAUUCCUCUUUUACCCGAGCAACAGCACAUUGUACCACCUGUUCCCCACGAAGUCCUCAUCUCGCUACCAAGCGCCUGUCCGCCCUAUUUCCGUCAUCACAUUGAGCUUACAAACUACGACACUUCAUUUGCAUACCUCGAGAACCUAGAGAUGGCACACCUCCAACUCACCGUCCCUGAAGAUGUGGAAAUCGUUGCAGAAGUCGAGGCCCGCGCUUUCGCCCGCGACAUGGACGGCGACCUCUUUGAAUCGGGCGACGUGACUAGAAAGAUUGCUCUCGCUCAGCCCACCUGGAUCUCUGGUCGAAAGAGUUUUGUCGUCAAAGCGCUCCUGCCCGGCGACGAAGGUGAAGGCAUCUUAAAAGUCUACGCCGGCAAACGAGGUCUCAUGCACAGCAUCAAGGACAACCCGCAUGCUCUCGCCCUAGCAGUGCCACUCCUCCACACUGGGCAAAACCCACCCUAUACCUUCCUCACCCGCCACCCCACUCCUCAUGCCCAACGUCACGACCUAUAUGUUGCACAACCUCAAUGCGCUCGCUUGGUCAUCAACAACACCUUCGUGUUCUGCGUGCGUCAGCACCCAACUUCACUCUCCCGCUUUUCACCCGACACAUGGGGUGGCUCCAACAAUGCAGCAUCCAGCGGAGCAAGAAGCAACUCAGCACUAGGCCUCCGCUCCACCUCGCCCGCUCCAUAUAACCGUCCCUCCUCGGCAAUGUCCAUGGCGUCCUCUUCAGCAGGGAUAUCUCACACCGGCAGCAUGCUCUCUGAAUCCUCGAACCUGAGCGAAAAACAACAAAAACCUGCCAAAUUGGCCAUCCAAUCUCCUUCGGGCAAGAUCAUCCGGUUCACAAGAAAACAAGAAUAUGGAGGUAGCAGCAGUGGCAGAGGAAUAGAAGAAGAAGAAGAGGGACUGGGGAGUACGUGGGAGACUGUCAUCAAGGUUGGCGAAAGAGGUGUAUACAGGGGUCUUGUAUUGGCGGAUCGGAGUGCCAGGUGGUGUGUCUUUGCCGAGUGGGAGUGUGUUUGA